UUUUUUUUUAUUAUUAUUUUUAUUAUCCUAUUUUACGCUGUCCAACAUGAACAAGUAUGAUGAUCCAAUGUUCUUUAAUAAAUACAAGGAGAUGGCAAGAUCACAAGAAGGAUUAACAGCAGCAGGAGAAUGGUCGAAUCUGAAGACGAUGUUACCUGAUUUCCAAGGCAAACGCGUGUUAGAUAUUGGAUGUGGGUAUGGAUGGUUAUGCAUGUAUGCAAUUGAACAAGGAGCGAGUUCCGUGGUGGGGAUAGAUAGUUCACACAAGAUGCUCCAAGUGGCAGAAGAAAAAAAAAAGGCCAUGGUGGAUGGAGACAAGAUUGUGUAUAAGCACAUGACGAUAGAGGAUAUGGUAUUUGCAGAACAAUCCUUUGAUGUAGUGUUAAGUUCAUUGGCGCUCCAUUAUACAGCAUCAUUUGAAGAUGUGAUGGACAAGAUAGCUAGGUAUCUAUGCAAGGGAGGUGAUGUCGUGUUGUCUGUGGAACAUCCCAUUUUCACAGCUUAUGGCACAGGUGAUUGGAUCUAUAAUAAUGAUGGUCAACCAGACCAUUGGCCUGUCGAUCUUUAUUUUGAACAAGGUCCACGCCACACUCAGUUUUUGGGUUGUUCUGUUAUCAAGUAUCACAAAACCCUCACUACUUAUGUCAACGGUCUCAUUCGUGAUGGUCGAUUCCAGCUCACCAAACUCAUUGAACCUUUACCUGAACAAGAAAUGCUUGCUAGUAUGCCUGAUGAAGCUCGUCGACCCAUGAUGCUCUUAAUGGCUGCAAAAAGAAUCUAGUGAUUUGAAUGAUGAUCCAUGAUAUCGGGAUAAAUAAUAAAGAUUUUGUAAAAAAGAAAAAAAAA